AUGCAAAACUGUGAUCCUUGGCAAAUGAUAAUAAAAAAUGUUGGUAUGCAACCUUUUUUUAUACAUUAUUGGACUCCGGAUCAACUAAGAGUAUAUAAUGCAUUUGUUAAGAAUGAACGAGCUGCUAAGAUUUCUAUAGAUGCUACUGGUAAUGUUGUAAAGAAAAUUGAUCGGCCCUCCGGAUUAUCUAGGUACAUUUUUCUUUACCUCAUUGUAAUCAAAUUACCAAAUGAAUCUGAAGGUCAAAUUUCAGUAGCACAAAUGUUAUCAGAGGCACAUAAUACCAAUGCAAUAGCUUAUUGGCUCUUAGAGUGGCGAAGAAAUGGCGCUCUACCACCUAAAGAAAUAGUCAUAGAUUUUUCAAUGGCUUUUAUAAACGCAGUUUGUAUGUCAUUUGCUGGAUGUGCUGAAGGAUCUUCCACAUAUAUUCAAAGGUGCAUGGAUGUAUUGAUUAAAAGUCCAGAAUAUAAAUUGCCGUCAUGUUAUGUUCGUGUUGAUGUCGCACAUUUAUUGAAAUUUGUAACUACAUGGAAAUCAUUAAAUGAUAUACAUGUACGACGACGCGUAAAAGAGUUUUACGUCAGAGCUAUUGGCCAAUUAGUUAUGGCUACAGAUUUUAAGGAAUUUAAAUUUCUGAUAAAAAAUAUUUUUGUAGUAAUCCUGUCAGAAUAUGAAGGUGUAGUAAAUGGAAUUGAUAACCAUUGUGAAAAAGCAAAACAACUUUUCUUAACACAAUUUGCUAAUGGUGUCGAGCAGUCUAUAGUUGAAAGUGCGAUGGAUUAUCAGCCAACUGAAUGUUCAUUAGAAAAAGAAUAUUCUGAUGAUCAAGAAGAUGAUUAUCCUCUCGAAAUUAAAAAGUGGAUAAACAAUAUAAUUAUAGAUGCAAAAAAUAUAGUGGAAAUAGAUGGAUCCAGGGAUAAUUUGAUGUUUCUUCCUGCACUUGAUGCCCUUUAA